CAAAUCCUCUCACGAUGAUAAAAUUCUGACCCUAGAUCCUCCACGCAUGAGCUGCCGCUUCUGUAUUCGUUGCAUUUCCAUCUUCCUCGCUCCAGUCCGGAUUUCUUCCACAUAGCCGCCGAUUCAACCCAGCCUGUUCCUCUUUGUUCUCAGUCUCACCGGCGACAGCGACCACCACCUCAACGCCGUCUCCAUCACCUACAGCCCUUCAGACAUCCUCGCGAAACCUCAUCGGGCAGACUGCCCACCGCCGCUCGCUGCGUCGCUACCUGAGCAGGGCAGAGGCGGCGGGCUACCACCGCAAGACCAUGUCUUUCCAGACAUUUAGAAACUCUAGCGUAUCUCCGAAGAAGGCGAGCAACAAGUAACCGAGAGAAAGAGAAAAAGACAAUAUGCUAACUUCUUACUUCACUCUUCGCCGCUUCUUCUGUUGCCGCGCUUCUUUCGAAGCCACUGCUUUCACCGCCCCGAAGAAGAACCUUGUCUUCUUGGGCUCUCCUCAGUCUCUAAUGCAGGUGUGUGUUUCUGUUCUAGAUGCAUUACUUGAUGCCUCUAAAGAUCCGAGCUCAAACUUUCAGCUUGCAGCAAUAGUCACCCAACCACCUUCUGGAAGGGGCAGAGGGAGGAAGCUGAUGCCAUCUCCUAUUGCUCAGCAUGCCUUGGACAAAGGAUUCCCUCAAGACCUCAUACUCACACCAAACAAAGCUGGAGAGGAUAAUUUCUUGGCUGAUUUAAGGUCUAUAAGUCCUGAACUUUGUGUUACUGCAGCAUAUGGAAAUAUAUUACCUAAAAAGUUUCUGGAAAUCCCACCAUGUGGUACUGUUAAUAUACACCCAAGUCUGUUGCCCCUCUACCGUGGUGCUGCUCCUGUUCAAAGAGCUUUGCAGGAUGGUGUCACUGAAACAGGAGUUUCACUUGCAUAUACUGUCCGAGCUCUGGAUUCUGGGCCAAUUAUUGCUAGUGAAAAAGUGCCUGUUGAUGAUAUUAUUAAGGCACCAGAUUUGCUGACAAUGUUGUUUAAGAUAGGAUCUGGAUUACUUCUUCGUGAACUUCCACAUAUUUUGGAUGGUAUUGCAAAAUUGAAAGCACAACCACAGGAUCACUCUAAAGCCUCUUUGGCACCAAAGUUGACCAACGAUGAGUCAUGUCUAUCAUUCGACCAAGAUGCUAAAACAAUACACAACAAGGUACGAGCAUUUGCAGAUUGGCCAGGAACUCGUGCUAAGUUUCAAGUGAUUGACAUGAACGGUAAUGCCAAUGUGGUUGAGAUAAAGAUCACUACAACUAGGAUCUCUGAUGCCACUGACGUUGAUGGAGGUGGAAAUGAGAUAAUUUACUCUCGGAGCGCAUUGCUUGUCCCAUGCGCUGGCGAUUCUUGGCUUGAGGUUCUAGAGCUUCAACCUCCUGGGAAGAAGGUCAUGAGUGCACGAGAUUUUUGGAACGGCUUGCGGGGGCAGAGGCUGAAGCUUCCUCAGAAGGCUCUUUCACAUAUUUGAAGGCACUGGCAAUAAUUUCUUCCUUGUUGGAUUUGUUGUUGUUGUUGUUGUUAUUGUUUCUUAAAUUGCUUUAAUAUUCUUGAGAAAUCA